CUUUUCUGGUUGCUCAUGACUUGUAGGGUCUGAUUGAGGCAAUAAAAAUAGCACUUCCUGAAGCUAACCAUAGAUAUUGUGUUAGAUACAUUGAGGUUAAUUGGUGUAAGAGAUGGAGAUCUGGGGAGAUGAAGAAGAUUCUAUAGUGGUGUUCAUGGAACACUUAUGAGGGAUAUGGAUGAAGAUGCUAUGAGAGAUUUGCUACAUUAACCUGCCCAGUCAUGGUGUAGAGCUUAUUUUGAUACUGUGUGCAAAAACAUAGCAGUGGACAAUAAUUUCACAGAGUCUUUCAAUGCAUGGAUCUUGGAUGCAAGGUACAAACCAAUAAUCAAGAUGCUAGAAGAUAUUAGAGUUAAGGUUAUGACCUUGUUGAGAGAACAUGAAGAUCAAGUAAAGUCAUGGACUCAUGACUUUAGUCCACAAAGCAUGAAUUGUAUGCUGAUUAUUUGAAGAUUGCUCACACAUGUCUAGUUCACUUUAAUGGAGAUGCUAGUUAUGAGAUUAGAGAAGGAGCAGAUAAACAUACUGUCAAAAUGGAAUUGAAGCAAUGCAGUUGCAGGGCAUGGUAACUCUCAGGAAUACCAUGUCCUCACACAAUUAGAGUAGUGAUAUACAAGAGGAAUGACCCUCUGGAGCAAAUGCAUUAGUGGUAUAGCAAAGAGGCUACUCUAAAGACUUAUUCACAUAAGUUGCAGCCUGUUAGGGGUGAGAAAUUCUGAAAAAUAGACCCAUCACAGGCCAUGGAACCACCACAUUUGGUGAAGUUAGUAGGCGGGCCUAAGGUAAAGAGAAAUAUGCAAAAAGAUGAGGCAAGUAAGAGACAAGGUGAAUGGUCUGCUUCAAGGAAAGGGAGAACCAUGAGCUGCAGCAACUGUGGAGAACCAAAUCAUAAUGCAAGAGGGUGUACAAAGCCAUCUAAUGCUCAAUCUAAAGGAAAGCAGACAAUGAAAAGGAAAAGAACUGUAGAUUAUGAAGACAUUAAUAAAAAAAUACCAUUAUCAGGUCCCCAACAAUCUCAAAAUAGUCAAGCCUCCAACAGUCCACUUGUGUUCAUUCCUACCCCAACUAUUUUUGAUAGCAUUUCAAAUCUCCGAGAUGUUACUAGUAGGAGACUUUGACCUCCAGUAUUUGCAGAUGAAGAAGAUUCUGUUAUAAGGUCAAAAGUUAUUUCAGAGACAAGGACAAGGCUUCAGGUGAGAUAAGAGCCAAGUCUUCUAUCUGUGACAAGAGUUAUCACCUUAAGAGGUGGUUCAACUAGUAUGAGUGAGCCUUCAAAUCUGCCAUACUCACCGAGAGGACUCACAUGGAAGGGAAAAGAGGUUGUAACUAGCAACCAACUGGAGAUGCAAGCUCAGAAAAAAAUUGAAAAGCUGUAGGCAAGAAAGGGAAAGAAAAGUACCAUUUUGGA